ACGAUUUUCACUUCCGCAAAUUACGUAGGUGAUCAACACGGUACGGCACUAGUACAGGAUCGGGAAACACCGAGAAGUUUCGCAACAAAGUUACAAAAAACGACUCAGAAACAAUAAGGCAUGAUAAAGUAUCUUCAAUUGGGACCUGUAUAGAUUCUUCACUUUUUGGAAAACAGCAAUCGAAGGACUAAUGUUACGUUGACGUUCGUUUUGAAGACGUUGAGAGUGGGAAUCGCACACUGCCUAGGCGUGUGUACAAACUCAUGAACUUAUUCUUGUGGUUCUUGUGUUGUGUGGAGUCUCAGCGUAUAGAGUAGAGUGUGUAGAUUUAGUGCGUGUGCAGCAUUGCCAUUGGCAGACAAGACAGGCUGUUGUCAGUGUCAGAGUGUUGUGAGAAUUUUUUUUGCAGACUAACCUGCAAUAAAAUAGGAUCAGUCUGUGCGGUAUAACAUGAACAUUCAUUGAACAGGAAUUAUCGGAAAGUAUGGAGUACGUGGCACAGUUUGACUUUACGCCAUCAAAGGAUGAUCAGGAUGAACUUGGCUUCAAGAAAGGCGACGUAUUGAAGGUAACAAAGAGAGAAGACCGGCAUUGGUUGUUCGCUCACAUUGGUCCAAAGAGGGGAUUAGUGCCAGAAAAUUAUCUUAAACCUGAAGAACACAAAUGGUAUAAUGGGGGACUCACAAGAAAAAUGGCAGAGGAGAAACUUAUGGACUUGGAAGACGGUGCCUUUUUGGUGAGAGAUUCAGAAAGCACUCCUGGUAAAGGAAACUUCUCCCUCUCUGUCAAGUUUCAAAAUGCAGUACAACAUUUCAAAAUUCUUACAGAUCAGUCUGGAAAAUACUUCCUGUGGGUGGUCAAAUUUCUCUCUGUAAAUGAACUCGUAAAUUAUCACAAGAAACACUCAGUCAGUAGAUCACAGACUAUCGUUCUCCAGGAACCAUAUGACAUUGAAAAGGACGAACAGCUGCUUCAGCAGAGAGAACCGGCUAAUCAGUUUCAACAGAGAGAGGCUAAUCAGUUUCAACAGAGAGAGUACGAGAAGUGCAAGGCCUUAUACAACUUUGAUUCGCAAGAUCCAUCGGAGCUCUCCUUCCAGCAGAACGAGAUAAUCACCCUAAUAGCAAGGCAGCACGACGACUGGUGGAAGGGUGAGAUUAGAACAGCCGCUGGAGUCCGAAGUGGUAUAUUCCCCAAGAACUACGUAAAAGUGUUAGAUCCUCACAUGCACUAGAAGCCCCCCCCCACAAGCCUGCCUUCAAUGUCUCGUAGUGACCAAGCAGCCGCCUUCAUUCGCUGCUGACAGGAAAACAAUAACAAUCAACAGCACAUGUUCAUCAGGGUGCUGUUUCACCAAAAAAGAAAAAUGAAUGUGACAUAAAAUCACACUCAAAUUCCCAGUCGAGUGUGGGUGCACACUGUUGUGUAAUCAUUUGUCAGUGAGGUUGCGUGUUUGAAUAAUGUGUGUGCUGGUGCCUAAUCAUGAAGUCCCACUUCACUGUUUGUGAAACAGCGCCCAGAUCACACAUGUAGAGGUGCACUGAGAAAUUGCGGAAGUUUGUAGAAAUUCCUCAUAUGUCUUUCUGUCAUAUACAUGUUUGAGAUGUCAAACUCAGAGUAAAUGCGUGGUAUCUUUGAUAUAAAUAUUAUUUGACCCCCCCCCCAUUAAAUACCAUUUCAUUUAAAAUGUCAUUUAGUUGUUGUAAUCCUGACACAUUUAUCUUCAUAAAAAGUACAAUUUAAUAUGAGCAUUUAUAAAGUAGACAAACAAAUGAAAGUCUUAUUACAUGUCAGCGCAAGUUUAACUGAUAAGGAAAAGGAAUUAUCAUGUCAUUCAUGUAGAUCAGAAUUGCACAUCAUGAUAACGACGAAGAGUGUGAUCUCCAUAUUUAAAAUAAAAAUUUCUUAAAGAUCAACGGUGCAUGGAUGAGACUUAGAAAACCAUUACUUUGCCAAAUGUAUGUAUACACAUUUUAUGUACCGGUAUACAGUGUACAUGUAUUAUACUAUUAGUUUUUAAAAUGGGAAUGAUGCUAUAACAGAUUGACAUGACAUGGUGUUAUCAAUUUACCAUUUGGAGAUCCAUAAGGGGUGGGUUAUCAUGUAUGAAAGUUUGACUGAGAUGGAAAAGGAAUAAUCAUGUCAUUCAUUUAGAUCAGAAUUGCACAUCAUGAUCACAUGACAAAUAGUGACAAAUAUUGACAAAUGACAAAUAUUUAAAAUAAAAAGUUUCUUAAAGAUCAACGGAGCGUUGAUGAGACUUAGAAAACCAUUACUUUACCAAAUGUAUGUAUACAUAUUUUUAUGUAAACAACGUACAUGUAUAAAUAUGCUAGUUUUUCAAAUGGGAUUAUAUGCUAAUACAGUUUUUGUAAAACAAAAUUUUGCUGCUUAAUUUUUGUUAGGAUUGAUGGGAUUUUACUCAAGUACAAUAUUUGAUGAUUCAGUUAAUCCUUAUUUUUAACAAGAAUUGUCAGACGUGCUCUCAAUAAGGAAGCUCAGCAACAUUGAACAUUGCGUAUACAGUGUCAGUUGGCAACCAACGAUAUGGAGACAGGAGCUGUUCUGCCGGGCUGGAAAUUUUUUUAAUUAUUACUUCUUUUUAACAUCUUCUUUAUUAAAGAUAUUGCAAAAUGUCUUUAUUCAAUAAUGUGCAAACAGACUUGUGACAUCACAAAUCACUGUCAAAAUGUAUUCAUAAUGACGUAGUCAUCAUGAAAUGAUUUUGAUUUUUUGAGUUUGACUGGAAAGCUUUUGAUAAUCCGUCAUAUUUUAGUUUAAUAACCUAAUUCACAUUUAUGAACUAAGUCAGAUGGUAUCUGCAACCAUGUCUAACCACUUCAAAAUGUUGCUGAGCUUCCCUGUACAGGUCUGAAUUAGUUUCAAUAUUCUGCAAUCUUUAAGGGGUCAGUGAAUAUCGUUGAUACCAUGUGAAAACAAUCAAAGGGGGAAAAAACUGAAAAAUCUUAAUGCUGCAGUUUUUGAUUGUCAAUCGUUUGCAAAGGGUUUAUGGGUAAAUUAAUACACACUCAUUCAAGGAAAGUUGACAUUUCAGUGAACUUCCCCUUUAGAUAUAUUUCAUGUUGAAAAAAAAAUCUGUAUAAAUGUAUUAAAGCAAUAUGAAAGGCAUAUUCAUCAGUAUACCAAGGGCACAAUUUUGACAUGGCAAAAGAAUAGUGUUAUCAGUUUACCAUAUGGAGAUCUAAAGGGGUGGGUUAUCACGUAUGAAAGUUAAGGCAUUCUUGGAAACUGAUGAUACAUGUAUUUGUUAAUUUAUUCAGAUUUAACAGUAAAACAAAUAAUUGCACUUCUGCCCUGAUGGUCCAAUGUACAUGUAGUGUCAUUAAGUUUCCAUUUUUUUUUUCAUACACUAAAUCACAACCAAAAAAGUUGAGUUAAUUACACAUACAUGUACAAUAUGUACUGAAUGGUAGUAUUUGAAGAAACCUUGCUCGUUGGGAAAGUAAUUGACAUCACCAAUUAUCAGAUUCAUGAUUUAUUUCUGUUUUCUAUCCAUGUUAUUGAAAUGAGGUAGCAUUUUGGGGGAAUUCAAUUGCAAGAAUAAUCAUGAGAUGAAAAUGGCUCAAUUUUGAACUGUUUAUUGAGUUUUGUGUAAAUUGAUGUCAGCAUAGGGCCACUACCAUUUGUACGAAUAAUUAAGCCGUUUGAUGAGUUGCUUGUGCCUUUUCUUUUUAUACUUGGUGCUAAUUGAUAUUUCAACCUAAGUGUCCCAUUCUGAUCACCUUUUGAACUUCAUGGUGGUAGUUUAGGGGAGCGUCUGUUGUGGGAGAGAAGAAAACAAUUGUUUUCAAGUUUUUUCAGAUUAUAAUUUGAAGGAAUAUUGGAGUGAAAAAAAACAACUAAAAAUCCUGCUACAGAUUGCUUUUUAGAAGCAUUUACAUUUUGAAUGUGACCCCAAAAUAGUUGAAAUGUUUGGGCGGAACAUCUGUAUGUAGUCCCGUACAUGCAUUUCCAUGUGCAGUGCAUGUGACUCACAGCGAAGGGUGUACUAUAAUCAACAAUCACUUUGAGGCAGUUUCUUUCACUAUUCAUUCUCAUGACCUGGAUCCCGUAAUACAAAGGUUAGCGAUUAAUUGCUAAAUGAAAAUGACCUAUCAAGAUCAUUGUUGCAUGAUCGUUUUA